UCCUCUGAUUGUCCUAUUACAGACUUGUCAGUUCUGUAAAGCAGAGAUCUUAGAUCUGCAACGACUAUUUAAGGAGCUACCCGCCUUUAACGUACACACACAUUAAACACCUCAACUUUCUCUUUUGCACAUCAAUUGAGCGAUCUCACAGAAAUGCUGUGUUAAUUGUUAAGAUCUUACUACAUCCAGAGGUCCGAGCGCAGAGCGAGAGUUGGAGUCUGAAUCUUCCAUCUUCAUUUUAGAUCUGAUCAAGAUCAUGGUUACCACAUGCCAUUACCAAAUUUUUACUGUUCUUGUAUGCACAAUUGGUGCUAUUUUUACAUCUACUCCAAGUUCCUGCGCUUCUUCAUAAAUAUUGUAUUGUCCGCAGAAUUACAUAGUUUAGAACAAAGGAAAAUGGUGAAGAUUUGCUGUAUAGGAGCUGGAUAUGUGGGUGGCCCCACCAUGGCCGUCAUAGCACUCAAAUGCCCUUCCAUUGAAGUUGCCGUUGUAGACAUUUCUGUGCCUCGCAUUACUGCCUGGAAUAGCGACCAGCUCCCCAUCUAUGAGCCAGGACUUGAGGACGUAGUCAAAGAAUGCCGAGGCAGGAACCUCUUCUUUAGCACAGAUGUGGAGAAGCAUGUGCGCGAGGCUAAUAUCGUUUUUGUUUCAGUCAACACUCCUACCAAGACGAGGGGUCUUGGAGCAGGCAAGGCUGCAGAUCUCACUUACUGGGAGAGUGCAGCCCGCAUGAUUGCUGACGUCUCAAAAUCUGACAAAAUAGUUGUUGAGAAAUCAACUGUUCCAGUCAAAACUGCUGAGGCAAUUGAAAAGAUUUUGACUCACAACAGCAAGGGAAUUAACUUCCAAAUCCUCUCAAACCCCGAGUUUCUUGCUGAGGGGACCGCAAUCGAAGACCUUUUUAAGCCCGACCGAGUCUUGAUCGGAGGUCGGGAAACCCCGGGAGGCCAAAAGGCUAUCCAAGCAUUGAAGGAUGUUUAUGCCCAAUGGGUUCCUGAAGAUCGCAUCCUCACCACCAAUUUGUGGUCUGCUGAGCUCUCAAAACUGGCUGCCAAUGCAUUUUUGGCACAAAGAAUCUCUUCUGUGAAUGCCAUGUCAGCUCUCUGUGAGUCUACUGGAGCAAAUGUCUCAGAGGUGUCAUAUGCUGUAGGUAAGGACUCGAGAAUUGGUCCCAAGUUUCUUAAUGCUAGUGUUGGUUUCGGUGGCUCUUGCUUCCAGAAGGAUAUUCUGAAUCUGGUUUACAUUUGCGAGUGCAAUGGUCUUCCAGAGGUGGCUGAAUACUGGAAACAGGUAAUCAAGAUCAAUGACUAUCAGAAGAUUCGUUUUGUCAACCGCGUUGUUGCCUCCAUGUUCAACACAGUAUCAGGCAAGAAAGUUGCCAUUCUAGGUUUUGCUUUCAAGAAGGAUACUGGUGAUACUCGAGAGACCCCUGCAAUCGAUGUUUGCAAGGGACUGUUGGGAGACAAGGCUAAGUUGAGCAUAUACGACCCUCAGGUUAACGAGGACCAAAUCCAAAGGGACCUCGCAAUGAAUAAGUUUGAUUGGGAUCAUCCCCUUCACCUCCAGCCAAUGAGUCCCAGUAACGUGAAACAAGUGUCCGUCGUUUGGGAUGCCUACGCUGCAACAAAGGAUGCUCAUGCUGUUUGCAUUCUUACAGAGUGGGACGAAUUCAAGAAUCUUGAUUACCAGAAGAUAUAUGAUAACAUGCAGAAACCUGCUUUCAUAUUUGAUGGUAGGAACGUUGUUAAUGUGGAGAAACUUAGAGAGAUUGGAUUUAUUGUCUAUGCAAUUGGUAAGCCACUGGAUGCCUGGCUCAAGGACAUGCCUGCCGUUGCUUGAAAGCAUUAUUUUUUGGUUGGAUAUCAAAGAUACUAGUAAUCAGACAGUCAGCUGGAAUUCUUUACUAUUUUUUCAUCAGUUUUAAGUUCUUUUUUGUUUUGUCCCUUUGUAGACAGAGGACAGAGUCAUUGUCUACCACUAUUUGUUAUACUUUAUAUUUACGAGAAAAUGACAAAAAUAGUCUUUUAUGUUUGA